AGCCUGCCGGUCUGCUUUCUUAGCGCUCCGCCACUGGGGCGGCGGCAGCUACGACGGAGCCAGUGGGGAGCGGAGGCCCGGAGAGGAGAGGGAGCAUCCCGGCGUCCCAGUCCCAGGCGGCUUGGCCCACGGGUCAUGGCCAAAGGAGAGGGCGCCGAGAGCGGCUCCGCGGCGGGGCUGCUGCCCACGAGUAUUCUACAAGCCGGUGAACGUCCGGCCCAGGUGAAGAAGGAACCGAAGAAGCAGCAGCAGUUGUCCAUUUGCAACAAGCUUUGCUAUGCCGUUGGGGGGGCCCCCUACCAGGUGACAGGCUGUGCCCUGGGGUUCUUCCUGCAGAUCUACCUGUUGGAUGUGGCUCAGGUGGACCCUUUCUCUGCCUCCAUCAUCCUGUUUGUGGGACGUGCCUGGGAUGCUAUCACAGAUCCCCUGGUGGGCUUCUGCAUUAGCAAAUCCUCCUGGACCCGCCUGGGCCGCCUCAUGCCCUGGAUCAUCUUCUCCACACCCCUGGCCAUCAUCGCCUACUUUCUCAUCUGGUUCGUGCCCGACUUCCCACGGGGCCAGGCUCUGUGGUACCUGCUUUUCUACUGCCUCUUUGAGACACUGGUCACGUGUUUCCACGUUCCCUACUCAGCUCUCACCAUGUUCAUCAGCACAGAGCAGAGUGAGCGGGAUUCUGCCACUGCAUACCGGAUGACUGUGGAGGUGAUGGGCACAGUGCUGGGCACAGCGAUCCAGGGGCAAAUCGUGGGCCAGGCGGAUACACCUUGUCUCCAGGACCCCAAUGACUCUGCAGUGGUCUCAGAAGGUGUCAAUCGCACACACAGCACCACUUCACUCAAAGAAACGCAAAAUGCAUACUUGCUGGCAGCAGGGGUCAUUGCCUCCAUCUAUGUCAUCUGUGCUGUCAUCCUGACCGUGGGCGUGCGGGAACAGAGAGAACCCUACAAGACCCAGCAGGCUGAGCACAUGUCCUUCUUCCGUGGCCUUCGGCUGGUCAUGAGUCAUGGCCCGUAUGUCAAGCUCAUUACCGGCUUCCUGUUCACCUCCCUGGCCUUUAUGCUGGUAGAGGGAAACUUCGCCUUGUUUUGCACCUACACCUUGGGCUUCCGCAAUGAAUUCCAGAAUCUACUCCUGGCUAUCAUGCUUUCGGCCACAUUUACCAUUCCCAUCUGGCAGUGGUUCCUAACCCGGUUUGGCAAGAAGACAGCUGUGUACAUUGGGAUCUCAUCAGCAGUGCCAUUUCUUAUCUUGGUGGCCUUCAUGGAGAGUAACCUGAUUGUCACUUACGUGGUAGCCGUGGCUGCUGGCAUCAGCGUGGCAGCUGCCUUCUUACUGCCCUGGUCCAUGCUGCCCGACGUCAUUGAUGACUUCCACCUGAAGCAGCCCCACUCCCGUGGAACUGAGCCCAUCUUCUUCUCCUUCUAUGUCUUCUUCACCAAGUUCGCCUCUGGAGUCUCGCUGGGCAUCUCCACCCUCAGUCUCGAUUUUGCCGGGUACCAGACCCGUGGCUGCUCCCAGCCGGCUCACGUCAAGUUUACACUGAAGAUGCUGGUGACCAUAGCUCCCAUAGUCCUCAUCCUGCUGGGCCUGCUGCUCUUCCGGCUGUACCCCAUUGACGAGGAGAAGCGGCGGCAGAACAAGAAGGCCCUGCAGGCUCUGAGGGAUGAGGCCAGCAGCUCAGGCUGCUCCGACACAGACUCCACAGAGCUGGCUAGCAUCCUCUAGGGCCUGCUGUGGGGCCUGAAGUCACCGUGCACAAGGCCUGGGUCACCAGGCCACAUGGGGGGUCAGGUGCUACUUGCCCGCUCACUGAACAGCUGGUCUACAGAUGCCAGGACAGGAGCCGAAGACUCAGGAGUGAGUGCCCCAGCACACUUUCAGUGCCUACUGUGGGGCAGGUGGUCCAGCCUCCUGCUUCCCCUCUGCCCUCCCAUGGGCUGCUACUGUGAAUAUGCCAAGGACUGCUCGGGCCUAGCCCAGAACACUAAUGUAGAAACGUUCUAUACAGAGACUAAUUAAUAACUUAAUGACUGUGUAUAUAAGGACCCCUGUUGGCACAGUGGUUAAGCGCUUGGCUGCUAA